UUUUACCAAUCGCUUAAACGGCAUCCAAAUAUAUUCCUCGAUCAUAUUGGUUGAAUUUUAACUUUGUAACCUAUAAGUAAUAAUAUAUGCAUACAAAAGAAAGAAUGAUUUAUUGAGAAUUCCUAUCACGCAAAUUAAAACAUGGCUGGUAACUAUAGGAAUUUUAUGAAAUUGUUAGAAUCUUGGCCAUUAGAUAAGUCAAAACCUGGCAGAGAUUUAAGUCAACAUAUUCGUGACCAAGUGAAACUUACCUUCUCAAAAGGUGAUAUUACUACUCCAGUAGAUCAAGAACAAUGUGAUCGAUAUUAUGGAAGUUUGAAAAGGAUAACUUCAAAUCAUUAUGGACAAAUAUAUAAACGUAAUCUUACAAGUACUGCAAGUGGCUUAACGGCAGAGCAAUGUAAUAUUGCACUAAGCCCUGAGAUGAAAGAAUAUUUGGAAGAAGAAAAUAAAUUUUUUCUUAAGAAACUUGUAAACAGCAUACAGAAUUUCCGUAUUUCAGUCAACAACAGGAUAUAGAAGAACAAGAUGUAAUUAAAAAGAGCAGUGGACACAUACCUGCAAUGACAAAAGAAGUUUUACAAUAUU